AAUUCGUGGCCAGCUUUCAAUAAAUAGCACGAUCAGAGAAGGGCGAAGGAUUGUGAAGUUCAGAACGUCUCAAGGAACGAAAGUAGUUCUGUCCCUUACCAAGCUGAUAUUGAAAUUUUACAGUACCGUCCGGUUGAGUAGAAGCGAGAACGGAAGAUAAUUUUAAAGCGAAGCUUCAAAGUCUUACGAAAACGUUGCCAAGAAAUAAAACGAAACACAACAAACAUGAAGGACGAAGUUCGUUCCGCCAUCAAGUUCCUCACCGAGGUUGUUUCAAGGAACUCUAAAGUCAAUCAGGAACAGAUUGAAACAUUUAACGACACAUUAGAACAGUUAAUCAUCGCGAGAUUCGAGAACCACUGGCAUCCGAACAAACCAUUAAAAGGGAACGCAUUUAGAUGCAUCAACAUAGAGACGACAGGAAUCGACCCCGUGUUACUAAAAGCGACGAAGGCAAGCGGAAUUUCACCUUCAGUCUUGCUGGAGAUUUUCCCAGGUGGACUUGCUUUGUGGAUUGAUCCUGGAGAAGUGUCCUGCAGAAUAGGAAAAGGUUCUAUCUGCCCACUUUAUUGUAACACUCCUCAACAACCACCACAACAACAGCAACAGCAAGGUAGCAAUCGUUCUCAAAGGCUCCUUCAGCCCGUCUAUUUCAACGGGAGCUAUCGUCAGUGUUCACAGUCGAGCUUCCAGCAGACGCUAUUUCCACGGAUCCAAAGUAACAAAGAAAACUUCGACCGAUACCACUGGGUUAGUAAAGACUAUACCAAACGACCUACAGAAGUGUUUUAAUUGCUGUACACAAUUUUCAUUGACCGCAUCUUUGUAAACGACCGUAGGACUCGAAAUAUCUUUAAGAUUUUCCUCCACGCACACGAAUGUUUAAAGUUUUAAUAUAGUAAAAUGUUUUAAGGUUCCUUGUACAUAGACAUACGUUUUCUAUGUACAGAAUUGAUAUUAUUAAAUGGAAGAAUUUUUACUAAUGUAUUAAUUUUUGCCAAAUAGCUGGGAAUGGCUUAAUUUAAUUUGUAAAUUUGUACAUGUACAAUUGUGAAAUAGUAUUUGGAAGCUUCCAAAGGAGCGAAAUUGUGUAAAGAUUACUAUUAUAUUGUUUCAAAAUUUUGUACAAAUGCAAGUUUAAUAUUUUAUCGUUAAUAAAAAUAUUGUGGCAUAGUGAGGAUUUUA